CGUGGUGUUCGCCUGAUCAAGCUUUUUCAAAAACAUUUCAAGGACAAACUGUUUUCCCUAAGCUUGAGGCAGACAACUUAUGAAACAUACAGAAAAUUAUUUUAUUGCGAAAUUAAACUUUUGUAAAAUUAGUGGAUCUCGAAGCAAUUUGUUCUUAAUUCAAAACCCUCUAUGCUGCUUUCUCUUUUGUCCUGUUGAUUAAAGGUGAUGGUUUUGAUGCCUUUAAAAUUUUGAUGAUUCAGUAAUCAUACGGGACCUUUUUGUGCUUAAAACAAACUCAUUAAAGAAAAUGUUUUCACUUUUUCGCCACGCACUACGGAGCAGCAUAAAUAAAAAUAAAAUUGUAUGUCUUAAGAAUUGUAAAAUUUAUCAAAUAGUUGAGGCGGCAGCAUCGAUUACACCUGUUAUUUUCGCACACAGCAAAUCUUUUGCUUCUGACACUUCAAAGAACAACAUUAACAGUAACAAUAAUAUGGAGAAUAGAAAUGACAAAAUAUCUGUAGACAAAGCGGAAUUGAGGAAACGUUUAACCCCUUUACAGUAUCAAGUAACUCAAGAAGCAGCCACAGAACGGCCAUUUACUGGCUGUUAUAAUAAACAUUACGAGAAAGGCGUUUAUCAAUGUAUUGUCUGUCAUCAGGAUUUAUUUAGUUCCGAUACCAAAUAUGAUUCCGGUUGUGGUUGGCCGGCUUUCAAUGAUGUCCUGGAUAAAGGAAAAGUAACGUUGCAUCGUGACGCCAGCAUACCAGUAGUCAUUUCAAAAAUGCUAGGCAUGAUACGCACUGAGGUGCGUUGUUCAAAAUGUGGCGCUCAUAUGGGUCAUGUUUUUGAUGAUGGUCCGCCACCAAAAUAUCUGCGUUAUUGCAUCAAUUCAGCUUCUAUUAACUUUGUUGCCCAACCAGCGAAACCAUCAUCAUCCAACCAGGCGUCGGGAUCAGCUUCAACAAAUCGUAGAAACUCUCAGCAAAGUGGACAGCCAGCCAAAAAAUAAGUUCAUUUCGUUAUAAGUCGUAAUUUUCAAACAAACAAAAAAAAAAAGAAGAAAAAUCUCAUAUAACAUCUGAUAUACAUAUGUACAAACAUACAAUCGUCAUCAUUUACAUAAUUUAUUAUGGCUUUUUUUUAGUUAACUAAUUUGUUGUGCUGGUGCGUUCUUCAUUACAUUCACCACCGGUCUAGUAAAAAAUAGUUCUCUAGACCGUUUGCAAUCGCGAAAACUGUAUGAAAGCGAAAAGUGAUAUUGGACAGAGCAAGAUUUUCAAUCUAUUUAACUAUGUCCGAUUGUCUGUUUUCGCAUAAAUCGAAAAUGGGUAGAAACUUUGCCAAUACGCUUUUGAAUUAAUUUCAUCAAAGAUAUAACUUGAAGCUAAGCGUGAUUUGUGACACACUAAAAAUAAAUGUUAAAAUACUUAAAAAGAAAAAUUUGUAGAAGUUUUACGUUUAUAGUUUAGGGACCAUUGCAGACAUCGUUUUGAUGUUCAUUUAAUAUUUCCUUCAAGUCCAAACGAGAAACUGUUAUUAACUAUAACUAAGUUCCAUCCAUUUAUUUUGUGAUCAAUGCAUUGCGCUCUGUAAGCGCAGAUGACUAAGAUUCCUACACAGAAUUAUUGGGUAUGGGGUUACUAUAUCUACUUUCCUGGCACACACAGCUUCUUCGGGCUUUCUAUGUCCAUGCUAACUGGCGGUAUUACCCUAGAAGCCAGAAAAUUCCUAUGCCUGCUUUUACUAGUUAGCAAAGAGAAGAUGCAAACGUAUUUCGAGCUUCAUAUUAUUACCUAGUUAUACUAUGUAUAAAAGAAGAUCUUGUUCGCAGUGAAAUUUUCCCUGUUUUGGAAUAUGAUUUACUUAUCCGCUCUCCAUGAUGAUAUUCAGCUAUUAUUUAAAUCUUAACUUAAGUAAUAAAAUGCGCACAAAAAUGACAAAACGAGGAAUAAUUUUGAUCUUCGCACGCUAAACUCUGCAUCAUUGUCUCAUUAGUGAUGCGCUAUCUUUACCAAGUGAUUAGUAACAUAACUUUUAUGCUUUGUACUACAAAGAGUUUCUAGCUUUGAAAUAAAUUAAGUCAUACCUCUUACGUCUCGUACGCACGAUGCAUCGGAGCGGUGCGACUUAUAGCAGCAGCUCAAUAUUUUCCUUCGCGUUUCCACUGUCUACAAGUGCCCUUCUCGUUGUAAGUGCGGAAAAAAAUCAUAUAUAAUAUAUAUUUAUAUUAUUUCUCAUAAAAAUACAACUGAUUUUGGUUUCAAUACAACUUCGUGCGUUUAUUUCUUAUAAAAAUACAACUGAUUUCAGACUUCAUUGUGUGAAUAUGAAAUGAAGCUAUAUAAAUUUUUCAGUUCAAAUGGACCGCGCUAACAAGUCUGAUAAUAAAAAAAACGUGAAUUUCUUUACAGAAUUUCUCAGUAAGGAUGCCUUUCUCUUAACUGUACUAUGUAAUAUUGUUACUUAGACAUGCUAUAUAUUGUACCAAUUCUGUUUUCGGCUCGAGAGGUAAUUUCUUGUUAAAAUCUUCCGUCUGAUGCGCGUGUCGUUGUCUGGCCUUUUUCAUUGAAAAAAUUGAGUUUUAAAAUAAUUCUGAUCGAUUUAGAAGCAUGUUAAUAAAGAAAGAAAAUAGUGUUAUGCAGUACCGAUUUUAUUGAAGAGUAUCCAUCAUCGGACUUUGAUUCGAAUGAAGUGACGAUGCAAGGUUUACUACUUUUCAUUGUUGAAAAUUGGAUGCAUACCAAAACACUUUAAAUUGGUGUUAUUCAUUGUUGAAAAGCACGUCUCCAAGCAUUGAGCUGAUAAGAACGGUAUGCCAAAUAGCCAGUUUUUGUAGACACAGGCAGUUUUUAUGGAAAGCUUCGACUAAUAGUCUAAAUUGCACGGCUUCUUGAAUCAGUGGGGAUUUUUAUUAUUACCGAUAUCAUGCGUGCGUGCCAGAGAAUUGUGCCGUAAUGACGACCUUGCUCUUUAGUGUCUGAUUAGUGUAACGACGAUUAUUUUUUUUGCCCAUGUUCAUUGAGACAGGAUUAUGGAAUAAUAAUAGAAGGAGAACUGUUCUCACAAUUUGUGAGCAUAUUUUAGUAUAUUCCAGCUGAUUUCAAUCAAACGUGAGUGUCAUUGUUCAUCCAUCAACUCAGAAAUGGCCAUCAUUCUUCGCACAUUAUGUUAGAAGUGAGCGUCAUUGUUUAGCCGUUGGGUGGAAAUAGCGCGACAUUGUUCAGGAUAACGCUUAAUUGAAGAUUUUAAUCAAAAUCGUUCUUCAAUAUGAUUUAUUACUCAGGCAUUACAAUUGCAAUACGUGUAAGGAUUAUUCGUCUCCAGACGUUGGAUUAACACGAUUUAAAACAUAUGCAAGACAUGCUCUAUACUAUGUAAUGUACAUUAUAAAGCGCUCGCGAAUUUCUUUUCUGCAACACUUCAUUCAAUUUAGUUUUGUACAAAAUACUAUACAAAAUUCCAGCAGAAUUUCUUAGCUUAUCAUUGCUAAAUCUCGUCGUUUUUUGCACUUUGUCUCCCCAUUCGGGAGAAUUGGCAUGAGUGUUUAAAGUUUUCUAUCCAGCUAUUCGUCUAAUUAUGCGAUAAGAAUGUUCCUAAGUUGCCCAUAGUCUGAAAAAUUAAGAGUAUUCCAAUCUGCCGUAAUACUCAGAAAACGAAAAUAACAAAAAAAAUUUGCGAUGCACAGCAAGUAUAUUUGUGAAAAGAAUAAUAGAGGGGACAAUCUCAAUAGGGGGUCAGUACACACUCGGCCACAACGAGCCCAGAAUGUUUACUAUUUUUAUGUGCAAAUUUAGUUGAAUGGUUUGCUCUUGGCUUAAGGUGGUGGAUGUUCAAAAUUCGUCUAGAAAGCGAAUUUAGUUUUUUAACAUGUUCUUCCUUUUGUUCGUUUAUUUAAUGCUUUUAUUGUUUGUUUUAUUUUAAAUUGUUUUCCUCAACUUGUGAGUGGUAGCUUAGUGUAUUUUGGGAUUUUUCUUUUAUUUUUUUCCUCAGCUUAACCAGUCAGUCAAACACCCAUUAGCGGUUUCAUUUCAUUUUCUUCCUAAAGCUCUGCUAAUGGCAUAUUUCCGUGGCUUUUGUUUUGCAGUUUUACUUCCUUUUGUUAAGAACUCUUAUUUAUUAUGUGGUUGUCUUUGUGUUACUCUACUUUUCAAUUUUUUAAUUCUAUAGAGGAUUUCUUAUUACUUUUUUUUUAAUUUUUAUUUUUCUCAUGCAUAAUUAGUAUAUGUAUAGACCAAUCAAUCAAUCAAUGAAUCAAUGAGUAAGACAAUAUAAA